AUGGCGAGUUAUUUACCUCGAACAAUGGGCCGCUUGGCCCUCUUAUCCCGUCGGCGUCUACAUACAACAAUCCUGACAACCACAAUCAAAACAACAUUGAGUCCGCGUUCAAAACUACUAACUUCCUCACUAACAUGUCGCUUCUAUACAACAUCAUUGCCACGCUAUUCUCAAUCCCUCGCGCCCCGAAUCGUUCGCAGCGAAUCCAAACUCUUCUCGUCCGCCGAUGAUGCAGUCGCAGACAUCAAAUCUGGCUCGACCAUUCUCUCAGCAGGAUUCGGUUUAUGCGGUGUAGCCGAAACACUCAUUCAAGCCAUUGCUCGUCGUGGUGCACAGGACUUGCAUUCUCUCACAGCCGUAUCUAAUAAUGCGGGUGUCGCCAAGGUUGGGGGAUUAGCUCUUCUCGCCGAUGCUGGACAAAUAUCGCGACUUAUUAUUUCCUUUCUGGGAAAUAAUAAGACGCUCGAAAAGAACUAUUUGACAGGGAAAAUUGCGAUAGAGCUGUGUCCACAGGGUACGAUUGCGGAGCGUAUUCGAGCUGGAGGUGCGGGUAUUCCUGCUUUCUAUACGCCUACGGGAGUGUCGACUUUGUUGCAGGAGGGACAGAUCCCUGUGAGAUUGAGUAGUGAUGGGAAAGUGCUAGAGCAUGGGAAGAAGAGGGAAGUCCGAGAGUUCAAGGGUCGAAAGUUUCUUAUGGAGGAGGCAAUCACGGGCGAUGUGGCUAUAUUGAGAGCCUGGAAAGCCGAUGAGGCUGGGAACUGCGUAUUCAGAUACACAACCAAGGCGUUUGGCCCAAUUAUGGCCAAAGCAGCCACUUUAACUAUUGUCGAGGCUGAAGAAAUUGUUCCUGUAGGAUCAAUAGAUCCCAAUGACGUCGAUCUACCAGGGAUAUUUGUUAACCGAAUUGUCCCUGCAACAGCCGAAAAACACAUUGAAAUUAGAAAGCUACGAGAACCGGACAACGGCACAUCGGCAACGAAACAGACACUAGAAAUAGUACAGAGAAACAGAAUUGCAAAGCGCGCUGCUAAGGAGCUCAAAGACGGCUAUUAUGUUAAUCUAGGUGUCGGUAUACCGACUCUCGCUACCUCGUUUUUGCCCAAGGGUCGUACUGUUUGGGUUCAAAGCGAAAAUGGUAUAUUGGGCAUGGGCCCGUAUCCGACCAAAGAUGAAGUUGAUCCGUAGGGUCAUUUCCUACCGUUCAUCAGUCUGCCGUGCUAACAGAUAUUCUGGUCAACAGGGAUAUUAUCAACGCUGGUAAAGAGACCGUUACGCUUGUACCGGGCGCUUCGACCUUUGAUAGUUCCGAGUCAUUCGGGAUGAUUCGCGGUGGUCACGUCGAUGUUUCUAUUUUAGGAGCCCUCCAAGUCGCCGCCAAUGGCGAUCUGGCAAAUUACAUGAUCCCCGGCAAAGUGUUCAAGGGCAUGGGUGGUGCUAUGGAUCUAGUCUCCAACCCUAACAACACCAAAAUCGUCGUUGCUACUAACCACGUCGCCAAAGAUGGGUCUUCAAAGAUUGUACAAAAAUGCGAAUUGCCGUUGACAGGUGCUAAGUGCGUUAGUACCAUAAUUACUGACCUAUGCGUGUUUGAAGUGGAUAGGGAGAAGGGCGAAUUAACGCUGACAGAAUUGGCGCCCGGAGUUGAGGUAGAUGAGAUUAGGGUUAAGACUGAUGCCGAGUUUAGAAUUGCACCGGACCUGAAGAGCAUGGAGUAGUUGAUGUUUUGCAGCGCCGUGUCGGAAAUUACCAGAUGUGAUGUUUUAUGCGAAUGAUAUCAAUACAUCGAAGUCUUUGUCCAUCAAAGG